AAGCAGCGCCACCUGUUCAGUGCGCGGUCCAUCAGUGCUUAUCCAUGCCACCUGCCAGUGCCACAUCAGUGCCACAUCGUUUCAGUGCCCAUCAGUGCCACCUGUAAGUGUCCAUCAGUGCUUUAUCAGUGCCCAUCUGAGCUGCCUUUCAGUGCCACCUAUCAGUGCCAGUCAGUGCCGCCUAUCAGUGCCCCAGUCAGUGCCGCCUAUCAGUGCCAGACAGUGCCGCCUAUCAGUGUGCAUCAAUGCCGCCUAUCAGUACCCGUCAGUGCUGCCUAUCAGUGCCGCCUAACAGUGCCAGUCAGUGCCACUUAACAGUGUUGCCUAUCAGUGCCAGUCAGUGCCACCUAUCAGUGCCGCCUAUCAGUGCCAUAUGAG